UUUCGUUAACUGAAAAAUAUAACACAAACAUACUUUUUUUUUUCUGUAGUAUAUACACAUACGUAAAAUAGAGAAAAAUAUUAUUUUCUUUAGGAAAGGAAUUAGGAUUAUUAAAUAGUGAAAGUUUAAGAUGACUUGUUGCGGGGAAGUUGAUACCAGAAAGGGAUUCAAACCGAGUUACAAUGUGAAAGCUUUAACAGAGAAGUUCUAUGCACGACAUGACACUCUCAAUGAAGAUCCAAAAAUUGGGUUAAGUUACAAACAUUACUGUGAGGAAAUAGAAAAGCGGCAAAACUACACGCCGCGCACAUUUUACCUGACGCCGCGAACGGAAAAUCAAGUAUACGGUUGGUUACACCAUUUGUCAUUCAAAUAUGAGCCCGGCUACGAACAGAUGCUUUUUCAUCGUGCGCGGCAAUCGGAUCCAGAUAUUAAAAUACAAAAUGAAAUAAAUUUAGCAGUUUUACGUGGCCUGAGGCGUUAGCGAUAUAUAUAUGUGUAUAUAUACAAUAUAAUAUGUGCAUAUACAAGUAUAUGAUAUAUGUAUGUAUGUAUAACUACAUACAUUUAUGGAAGUGUGAAAUACAAUUUUAUGUAUACGUUUGAUGUGUAAAGAAUGGAAAUCCAUAGCGGAUUAAUAGCAAUCGGAAUCAAAAUUAUGGACUUAAUACACAUUAGUAAUUAAUCAUCUUUAAUCCGAAAUCGUAAAUUAA